CGCCGAGUUCGGAAGUAAUAGAUGUCCCAGCUUGUAAAGGUCUCGUGCAAAGGAAACACGACCCUGUCAAACCUGACCUACUGCCCGCCGACCACAACCACACCGACUACAACAACGUCUGGAUCUACAGUGGCCUCUGGGAACGAACCUCCGGCUAAUACAGGAUUGUCUACAGCUGCAGUUAUCGCCAUCGUUGUCGCCGUUGCAGUUCUACUUCUACUGUUAUUGGUCUGCUGCUGUGCUUGCAAUGGAUCUGGACGGGACACUAGACGACGAAGGGUAAAUCCAAAUAGACAGCCUGCAUGGACAAGAGAAAAUUAUCUAAGGGAACACCCAUCCAGAGACAAUAAUCUUACAACCGUUGAUGAACCUCUACACGACAUGGAAAGAUUAUUGGAACGUUUGGAUGAUACACAUCACAAUCAACUGACACAUGAGCGCGCCAUACGCCCAGCAGAAACGGUACGCGCAGCAGAAACGGUACGCGCAGCAGAAACGGUACGCCCAGCAGAACCGGUACGCCCAGCAGAACCGGUACGCCCAGCAGAAGCGGAAACAGAAAUAGAACCAAGGUCAUCUGUGGAGGAACCUCCAGGAGCAAACACAGGUCCAACAGAGGAUCCAUUUCAGAACAGCUUAGCUACUGGCGACAACUUACCAACAGAAACAGCGACACUGACAGUGCCUGACAUCCGUGAGACAGGAGAGGAAGACUCCAAGACAAAAGCAACAGAAGACACAGGAGAAGGAGACAUAGAUCAAUCUGCAAAGGAGACGACAAGCAUUGAUGUUGAUCAGAAAGAAGUAAAAGAGCAUUGUGAGAUGGAAGCUCCAAACACAGCGGUUGUUUCAACAGAGGCUUCUGUAGAAACAGAGAACGAUCCGGUCAUAGAGGAACUUCCGGAAGCGACAUCAUGCCCUACAGGAAGAUGUAGCAUCCUCUCGUCGGACGCACAUCGCGCGGCAUGGACGGAGGCUACAGACGGGCCAGCAGAGGGAGACAACACUCAUCAGCCUACAGCAGAACAAGCAGUAGGGGUGAGCCAAACAGGGAAGCCUGGAGGAAGACUAUCCUCUGUUACUGACCCGAUAUUUCCUUCAGAUGAACGGGGGCCGCUAGGGUCACCAUUAAAUGAUCAGGACAAUGAAAGUCCGACAGAAGACAAACUAGAUAGUGCAAGACAAAGCGCACGAGAGCAUGAUGAUCUGACAGAGGAAGAUCUGUAG